AUGAAAUUGCUCAACCUCUUUUUCGCCUUCGCUGCGGCUGCAGCUGCUUCAUCCCUCGCACCCACCGCCCAAGCUGCUAGGCUAGGAUUGGCAUGGGCGGCAGAUAGCCGCUGGUCUCCACGCAUCUUCGGCACCAGCUUGGGAGACAGAUCUCGACUUGACUGGGUCUGGCACUGGGAGGUGAGCGAAGAGCAUGCAUAAGUUAGUUCCAGUAGCAACCUAUUCACUUUCGUUUGCGGCUGUGCCUCGCAGGACGGACCGCUGACCGAAGUGCCCAACAUCGAAUGGGUACCGUGCUUUUGGGGUCCCUCCAAGACUGACAAGUGGAACUUGCGCAAGAAAGAGAUCAGUUUGAGGGCAACAAAACCUCAAGCCAUCCUCGCAUUCAACGAGCCGGACGUCUCUGGUCAAUCUAAUCUGCCAGAUGCUACCGCUGCUGCCACAUUGUGGAUGAAUGAAUUGGCACCCUUUCAGAAGACCGGAAUUCGGGUAUCCAGCCCCCAGAUCGUGUGGGACUUCAACUGGCUUGACAAAUUUUUUGCCGCGCUCAAACAAAAAGGCGGUGAUGUCGACUUUAUCGCCAUCCACUGGUACGGCUCCGCGCAAAAGAACCCUCUUGCCAAUCUGCAAGCUUACGUGCAAAAGGCGCGCAAGUACAACAAGCCCAUCUGGAUCACCGAAUAGUGAGUCGUCUCGUCCGCCAAUCGCCGCAGAAAUGAGAGAUUAGAGUGUUGAAUUCAUGCGUUUUGAACUUUUUCAGUGGUCUCAACACCAACGACGGUGGACCAUCCAUCGACGCUGCUAGAAAUUUCCACUUCGCAGCUACCAACUGGAUGCUGAACCAGACCUACAUCGAGCGAAUCAGCCCCUUCGGCACCUUUGCGAGUGCACCUGACUCCUACGGCAGCCAGCGCAACCGCCACUUCAUGCCAGAUGGCUCCCUGUCCAUCCUGGGCAAGUUUUACAAGAGCGGGUAG